ACAACUAAAAGCCAACAGCCGCUGCUGUGUUCUGUCGCCAUCUUGUGGCGGCUCGCUGAACUACAGGAGACAGCACCGGACCUGGAGGCGGAUAUGACUCCGUCCUGUAGUAGAUGCACAAAUGAAGAUGCCAGAUGCACAGACGCGUUGGUCAUGUUUUCUGCUUUUAGCAUCACUUUUCCGUGUCGGGACAGCGGCGGAGGUGUCCGUAUGGAAGGUGGACAUCAACUCGACGCAGGAUGCCGUGUUUCGGAAGACGCUGUAUGCCAACACCACCAUCUUCAUGAAGUUCCAGGGUGACAUCGGGUCAUGUGAUAGGAACUUGGCCUUCAACAUCAGCUGGUACCUGCGCUCCUCUGUGUGCUACAAUGAGGUCUUUAACACACCAGACAACAAAGCCAUGAACAUGUUCGGUAUGGACCACAUGUUGAAGGACGGCUGGAGCGGCUUCUACAGUCAAGGCUACAUGUACUUCGACAACUGCUCGUCUCUUUUCUUACCGAGGGUGUAUUAUCCAGACUUCAACCCAUAUCAGCCCCUCACCAGCCCAAAGAGUGACCCAUCCAAUCAAAGUCUGUUUUGGCCCGACAAGCCGGAUAUCAGCGCAGUGGCCAAAGCUUGGCAGGACAGUCCAUAUCUGUUCAUAGUCAAGGUGCAGCCUUUGCUCCGCGGGAUAGAGGAUGAUGACAUUGGAGCAGAGCAGUUCAGCUUCACUUUCGCAAUGAAAGUUGAGAUGAAGGGACCACACGACUACUCUUCUCCAGCAGACUGGCCCCUCAUGAUGUUCUUCAUGGUCAUGUGCAUCGUGUACGUGCUGUUCGGGGCUCUCUGGCUCUUCUGGUGUGCUUGCUAUUGGAGGGAUCUGCUGCGGAUCCAGUUCUGGAUCGGUGCUGUCAUCAUCCUCGGCAUGCUGGAGAAAGCUGUGUUUUACUCAGAGUACCAGAGCAUCCGGUACAAAGGAGACUACGUUCAAGGUGCUGUUAUUUUUGCUGAGCUGCUUUCUGCGCUCAAAAGAUCUUUAGCUCGAAUCCUGGUCCUCAUUGUCAGUCUCGGAUAUGGCAUAGUCCGACCCAGACUGGGUACCACAGUCCAUCGCCUCGUAGCUGUCGGCCUUCUCUACCUGCUCUUCUCCUCUGUGGAAGGUGUGCUCAGAGUGACGGGUGGUUUCUAUGAGACGGUGGCCCUGGUGGCCAAUCUCAGCCUCUCCCUCAUUGACUCCUGUGUCAUGUGGUGGAUUUUCAUCAGUCUGUCUCAAACCACUCGCCUCCUGAAGCUUCGGAGAAACGUGGUGAAACUCUCGUUGUAUCAGCACUUCACCAACACUCUCAUCUUCUCUGUUGUCGCUUCCAUCAUAUUCAUCAUCUGGACCACCAAAGUCUUCAAGCUGGUGGACUGCCAGACGGGUUGGAGGGACUUGUGGGUAGACGAUGCCUUCUGGCGUCUCCUGUUCUCCACCAUCCUGCUGGUGAUCAUGGUGCUGCUGCGGCCCUCUGCCAACAGCCAAAGGUUCUCUCAUUCUCCUCUGAUUGAUGAAGAUGAUGAGGAGGAGGAGGCGAAGGAGCCCAUGCUGAAUGAAGCUUUUGAGGGAAUGAAGAUGAGAGGCUCAAAGCCCGAUUCUAAUGGCUCCCAGAAACUGUUGAGUAAAGAGGAUGAAGACUUAAAAUGGGUUGAGGAGAACAUUCCUACCACCGUAGCUGAUGUAGCUCUCCCUGUAAUGCUUGAUGAGGAAGAGGAAAUCCUGAAGACCAAGAUGGAGCGAUCCAAGAUGGAGUAGAAGUAAAUGUGAGAAUGAAAAGAAGGUGAUUUCACUGAGGCAGCGAUGAAUGCGUUCUGAGUGAUCUUAUUACCAAAAAAUGUGGGCAAAGCCAAUUGUUCUCUCCGGACACUUUACUUUUUUUUUAGUUUUAUUCCACAGGUGACGUGUAACACUUCAGUAAGUUCAAAGACACGUGAAUAAUGUGUUUCUAUGAAGGCAGUACUGUCUGACCCAUAUGUGGAUGGGUUGAUGUCAAGAUUCUGGGAAAUUCUGUUAAACUGAAGGAAUUGCACAGCAGAGCACUUUGAUAAAUAUUUUAUUUGUGUCAAAGAUGUUUCUUCAUUGUCACAAACAUGACCAAAACCAAGUAGAAACUGGGUACUUUAAUACGAUGCCCUUCUGGAAAAUAUAAUAUUUAUUAAAAUCUUGUCUUGUGGUUUUAGACUAAUACAAUAUUUAAUGAGCCGUGUGGUUUCAGGAUCACUGGGGCAGAAAAUAGAAAACACUUUCGAGAAGUUUAACUUUUAACCACCUGCAAAUAGCAGAAGUGACCCCAGCGUCUGAUUGGCCGAGCUUGCAGGACUGUGACGACUACUUUCGAAUCUGUUCAACCACAAAUCAUGAUGCUUGGCAGUUUUCUCAGCCAAGAAAUCAUGAGGAGGGUAGGAAUGAAAGGGAAAACACGUCGAAAACGCUGCAUAAUAAGAUUAUAUUUAAGCCAACACAGUAACGGACACUUUCCUUCAGAGGUGUCCUGAGGCUGUUUUUAUCAUGUGUUUUAUUGAAUUACGUAUUUUAUAGUUCACAUUAAUAAAGUAUAUUUAAUAUUGAAAUGUGCAAGCAGCUGUAUGGUAUGAUUAACCAUUUAGCCAGAUAACUAAAAAUCAAUGUUUUCAUGCUUUUUAUGUCACGAGUGAAGAUUUCUUGAGUUCAUUUCUUGUAGCUGCACCAACAGAUUAUUUAUGUGCAUGUGUUAUUCUUAACACAUAAUUAACACUUGGUUGUCUGGCUAACUGAGUAAUCCUGAAAUAUAGAAAUAAAAAAGCUACUGUGACUUUAUGUGAACAUGGCUUGAACUGAUACUUGAAGCAUAUCACAUUUGUCAGGGUAAAACAUGCUAAAUCUGUGUUUUUGGGGGAUCCUUAUGUUGACCAGAACAUACAACCUCUGGGCUGGGAGAAUAUAAUGACCCUCGUGGUCAUGUGUUUCCUUUCAAAGCCAAGUAUACGCAAUCUUAAAUGCAGUUUCAUUAGAAGUGUCCACGUUGUGCGCAUGAGCGUCACAUUUCUCUGAGGUGUCAUCCGUUCACAGAACAGUUCAGCCAUCGGAAAAGUGCGACUCAAAACAUGUUCCUGACCCGUUUUCAAGCAAAAGUCUAAGUGGAAAGAUGUUUAUUUUCAUCUCUAUAAAAAUUGACGUUUUAUAGCUUUUCAGCUGCGAUUUAGGUCUACUUUGAGUUACUCUCACCAAAGUGAAACCGUUUUUUUUUUUGUUUUGUUUUGCUACUUAAUCACAAAAUCUAUUAAUAAGCCUCACAGAUGUGGUGUGGUUCACUCUAUGUAUGUCAUCUUGUCUCACACCCUCUGCCAACUGGGCCAGAGUUCUAAAAUUUAGUAGCACCAGGUAGUUAUUAAAAUAAAAUACUUACUAAAGGAAUAAUUUUAAAAAUGCCAUAAUUAAAGAUAACUUUGAGCCUAACUCCAGAAUAAGCUUAGAAUUACAGCACCGUCCUUGUGCAAUCUACUGCAGUAUGUGUGGAUAUUCUAAAUUCCUUAAUUUAUGUUUUUUUAAGUAUUUAUCCAAGUCUUUUUAUUUCAGAGAGACACUGAAGCCCAAAUUCUGGAUGUGAGUCUGCAUUGUAAUGUGAAGCUGAUGAUAUCGUAUGGCUUUUUGCGUAUGUCCUGCAAAUAAAAUUUGUAUUAAAACAUGAUUACAAAGUC